AUGAGAGUGCUAUGUGUCGCUGAGAAACCAUCCAUAGCUAGAGCAGUAGCCAACAUACUUGGAGGCGGGAAUGUCAAUAUGCGAGAAUCUAAUCUGAAAUAUAUCAAGAAUUAUGAUUUCCUGUUCAAUUUCGCCGAAGCCGGAAAUUGUGAAGUCACCAUGACUUCUGUGGUUGGUCACAUCAUCAGACUAGAAACCAAACCAGAGAACCGAUGGGGGAUGUGCAGUCACGGCAAAUUGUUCGAUUGCGAUUUGGUGGAAUUAGUGGAUAAACAGGAUGUAUUUGACAAUAUAUCUAAAGAGGCAGCCACCGCGAAUAAGUUGAUGAUAUGGACAGAUUGUGAUCGAGAGGGAGAGUAUAUUGGAUUUGAAAUAUUCAAAGCAGCAAAUAAAGGUAAUAGACGAAUUCAAAUUGCUGAUAUAUGGAGAGGGAAGUUCUCCCACUUGGAAAGAAAUCAUAUUAUACGUGCAGCCAAUAACCCAAUCCGAUUAGAUAUGAAGUCAGUGGCUGCCGUGGCUUGUCGAAUGGAAGUUGAUUUCCGAGUAGGAACUAGUUUUACAAGAUUAUUAACUGAAAGCUUGCGGCAGCAUAAUUUGAUUGAAUCCAAGGAAGUGGCGUCUUAUGGUACGUGUCAAUUUCCCACGCUAGGGUUCAUUGUUGAUAGAUAUAAAAGAGUCAAGUCGUUUGUUCCGGAAGCCUUUUGGUUUAUUGAUGUCGAAGUUAUGAAAGAUGGAACAAAAUCUGGGUUCAACUGGACAAAGGGUCACUUCUUUGAUAGACUAUAUGUGCUUUGUCUAUAUGAAAGAUGUUUGAAACAUGAUUUCGGUACAAUUGUCAAACUUGAAUCGAAACCAACAACAAACUGGCGUCCACUUCCAUUGACCACAGUUGAACUACAAAAGGAUUGUUCAAGAUACUUCAAAAUGUCGGCAAAACGAGCAUUAGAUGCGGCUGAAAAGUUGUAUAAUAAUGGGUACAUCUCGUAUCCUAGAACUGAAACUGAUAAGUAUCCCCCAACCAUGGAUUUCCGAGGAAUUUUUGAAAAGCAAAAGCAAGAUUCUCGUUGGGGAUCAUAUGCUAAUGAUCUACUUUCGUCUGGUCAUCAAAUGCCUAGAAAUGGGUCUCAUGAUGAUAAAGCGCAUCCAGCCAUCCACCCUGUAAAUUACGUCAAUUUGGCUGCUCUUGAUAAUCAAGAUCAAAGGAAAGUUUAUGAAUAUGUGGUACGACGCUUCCUUGCCUGUUGUUCAAAGGAUGCUGUGGGUAUGCUGACUACGGCUACCCUAAAAUGGGGAGAUGAAUUGUUCACUGCUAGUGGACUAAUGGUGUUGGAAAGAAACUACUUGGAUGUAUUCAUAUACAAGAAAUGGGAAAGUAGUAAACAAUUGCCUAGUUUCACUGAAGGAGAACAAAUCAAGAUUUCCAGUGGUAAAAUGAAAGAAGGAAAGACUGCUCCACCUAACCAUAUGACCGAAUCAGAACUAAUUGCCCUUAUGGAUGCCAAUGGAAUUGGCACUGACGCCACUAUUGCUGAACAUAUUGAAAAGAUAUUGACUCGUAGAUACAUAGCCAAACAGAAAGUAGGUAAGAAUGAGUAUAUUGUGCCCUCGAAAUUAGGUAUGGGUCUAAUUGAAGGAUUUGAUAAGUUGGAAUUUGAGAAUAUAUCACUUUCUAAACCGUUCUUGAGAAGAGAGCUUGAAAAAUCACUUCAAGAUAUUGUCAAUGGCACUAAAAUCAAAGCUGAAGUAUUUGCUCAAGUGAAGGAAGUUUAUAAAAAGGCGUUUGCUAAAAGUAAUGAAAACAUUCGUGUCAUAACCAACGAAUGUCAAAAGUUAAUGAGAUGA